GGUCCACCCGGAAGUGGGUCCAGGCCUUGGUGACCCGGAGGCGGAAGUCGGUGGGGGAGACCCGGGAGCGGCGGCGCGCGUGCUUGGGACCGGGAGCGGUAGAGCAAUGAGUCUGCUGAACAAGCCGAAGAGCGAGAUGACGCCCGAGGAGCUGCAGAAGCGCGAGGAGGAGGAGUUCAACACGGGGCCGCUGUCCGUGCUCACGCAGUCGGUCAAGAACAACACGCAGGUGCUCAUCAACUGCCGCAACAACAAGAAGCUGCUGGGCCGCGUCAAGGCCUUCGACAGACACUGCAACAUGGUGCUGGAGAACGUGAAGGAGAUGUGGACCGAGGUGCCCAAGAGCGGGAAGGGCAAGAAGAAGUCGAAGCCGGUGAACAAGGAUCGCUACAUCUCCAAGAUGUUCCUGCGCGGCGACUCCGUCAUCGUCGUGCUGCGCAACCCCCUCAUCGCAGGCAAGUGACCUGCCGCCGCCCGCCUGGGGAGGGGUCCGCCGCCCCCCCUCCCCGGGGUCGGUCACCCCGAGGCCUGGGCCGCCUCGGCCCCUGCCAGGCUGCAGACCGCGGCUAGGACUCUUUCCACCCCCCCCCCCCUUGGUUUUGGCUACUAAUUAAACUAUGUGAUUUGUU